UCACGUUACACCCAUGCAAGAACGCGCAGACUCAAUCUCAUCUUGGAGCGCGACACUUAUAGUGAGGUUGGCUAUAUAAGUCCAUUCAGCAUCUACUCUUAAAGUAACUAUAUACUUGUUUCCUCAAAGAAGUGAAGGAGGGCGGCAUCUCGCCAACUAAUACCUGGCAACCUACACGGCUGUGCUGGACCUCCUGUAGAGAUAGAAGAUUCCUGUUGAUAUCCUGACAUGAAGCUCAAUUUACUUGGUACCACCGUAAUUCUGCUUGUUGCCUUCUUACCCCGCUACGAAUGUCGGGCUAUUGAGAGCCCUGGCGGUGCCCUGCGCGUCCCAGCACCUCAAACCCAAAACUCCCAGCAGCAGCAGUCUGGUCCCAUCCUGGAGCGACUCGGAGAGGAGUAUUUCAUCCGACUGGGUAACGGGGACUCUAACUCUUUCCCAUCCUCGCCCAUGUAUCCCGGAGGAUCCCCUUCCAUCUACAACAGAGCGUUGCAACUCCAGCAGCUGACGCGGCGUCUUUUACAAGGGAAAGUUGGGAACAUCAGGGCGCUCAUAAGCGGCUUCGGAGACCGCGUUGACGACUCGAUGGAGAGGGGAAGGAGGUCCGAGGAUCCGCCAAUAUCCCUGGAUCUGACCUUCCACCUGCUCCGGGAGAUGAUGGAGAUGUCCAAGGCGGAACAGCUGGCCCAACAAGCGCAAAAUAACAGAAGAAUGAUGGAGCUCUUCGGGAAAUGAAUUUUCACUCCGCCAAAGAUUUCACUUUAUUUUCUGUUCUUCUCCUUUUUUUUCUAUUUUCAUAUUUAACCGUCAGCACAAAACAUGCUCUGUACAAUAUAGUGCUGCUUUAUCACUCUAUUAUUUAUAGCUUUAACCUCAAACAAUGGAGCGUAAACGGGCUUGACUUAUAAAGAUCCGAUUGUACCUUGCCAUUUUAAUGUUGGUGUCAAAUCUGUAGAAUUGCACCGUUCUUCAUAUUUGAGAUGAAAUACUUUUCAUUAAGACAUGGAACACUGCAUUGACCAAAUGGGCAUUUGUUUUAGAUUAUGACUCACUGUAUUUAUGAUAUUUAUGUUUGUUAAUAAACUUAUGUGCAACCAGUCAUUUUCUGUUGUGCAAGAG